AUGAGAUUGCUGUACGCUGUCCCCGCGACUUGUGCGCUCAUUUACCGUGCCAAGAGCAGAAACUCUUUGACGCCCGCUGGCAUCUUCGCUGCGACUCUGACAGCUAUUGCCCACGCAUAUCACCCAUGGAAUCUACCAUUUGCACUCCUGUGCAUCUUCUUCCUUGCUGGGACGCGUGUUACACAUAUCAAAGAGGGAAUCAAGGCCAAUUAUACCGUUCGUUCCAAGGGCACGUCUGGGGGAGAAGGGCCUAGAACACACGUUCAAGUCCUUGCCAACAGCUUGAUGGCCUCUGUCCUCUCCCUCCUCCACGCAAACCAGCUACGCAAACGAGAAGCCGCAUUCGCCGAUCCCAAUACCCCGGAUCCUACGGGAUCACUAUGCUUUUCAUGGGGCGGUGACCUCCUGGUCAUUGGAAUCAUCGCCAACUAUGCGGCCGUUGCGGCCGAUACCUUCAGCUCCGAGCUUGGCAUUCUCUCCUCAGGACAACCCCGCCUCAUCACAUCACCGACUCUGCGAAAGGUGCCUCGCGGAACAAACGGCGGUGUUACUCUGCUAGGACUGGGUGCAGGUCUGCUGGGAUCCAUCAUUAUUGUCACUGCCUCUAUGCUGUUUUUGCCAUCAUGCACAGAAGAGUCAGCUCAGACGCCCGCAGGUGGUGCACCAUGGACGAUGCUGGAGCGCCGCAAAUUCAUGGGGUUCAUGGUGCUAUGGGGUGCUCUUGGCAGUGUCUUGGAUAGUUUCUUGGGAGGCCUGUUUCAACGUUCAGUUCGUGACGUACGUUCUGGUAAAAUCGUUGAGGGCGAGGGUGGCAACCGGGUGCUGGUAGCCGAGUCUGCUGAGGGUUCUGCAGCGCAUCUGAAAAAGGAAGACGCCAAAGAGAAGUCGGACGACUCCGCCAUUACAGACGAUCACGAUGCUCAUGCCGAGGUUUACAACCCCAAGGACAAGCACCGCAAGUCAAGUUUCGGAGAUCAACGACCAUCGCGGACCAUUGAGAACGGGUGGGAUCUUCUGGACAACAAUGAUGUCAAUUUCCUCAUGGCGGCUAUGAUGAGCGUUGGCGGCAUGGCGGCUGCAAGCUGGUACUGGGACGUGCCCAUCCAGAGCGUCAUGGGUGUGUAG